CAGCCUUGCCUGCGUGUGUCUCUAUCUCUGGCUUUAUCUAUUCAUUUCUGUCCACAGGCAGGAAGAGAUGGCAGCCGGGGACACUCAGCUCUACGCCAAGGUCUCCAACAAGCUCAAGGUCCGUGGCCCGUCCUUGCUGCUGGAGCCCCUUCUGGGAAUGGGCUUCCCGGUACACACCGCGCUGAAGGCGCUGGCGGCCACUGGAAGGAAGACAGCGGAAGAGGCAUCAGACUGGCUACGUUGUCAUCGCAACGACCCUUCUCUGGACGAUCCCAUCCCCCAGGAGUAUGCCCUGUUCCUCUGCCCCACGGGGUCCCUGCUGGAACAACUUCAAGAGUUCUGGAGAGAGAGCAAGCGUCAGUGCACGAAGAACCGAGCUCAUGAGAUCUUCCCGCACAUAACGCUCUGUGACUUCUUCACGUGCGAGGACCACAAAGUGGAGUGUCUGUACGAGGCUCUAAAGAGAGCCGGGGACAGGAUCCGGGGUUCCUUCCCCUUGGUCGUCCCUCUGGCUCUCCAUUCUUCCAUCAGCUACCUGGGCUUCUUCGUGAGCGACAGCCCUGCGGACGUCAUCCGGGAAUUCGCCACGACGUUCGCCAUGGAAGUGGCUGUCUUGGCAGACUGCACCGUGAAGCCCUGCGCCAAGCAGCUGCACCUGACCCUGGCCCACAAGUUCUACCCCCACCACCAGAGGACGCUGGAGCAGCUGGCCAGAGCCAUCCACCCAGGCCACAGCUGCCAGUGGACCGCCGUGCUGUACUCCCGAGACAUGCGCUUCGUGCACUACCAGACCCUCAGGGCCCUAUUUCAGUACAAACCCCAGAACGAGGACGAGCUGACACUAAGCCCGGGCGACUACAUCUUCGUGGACCCCACCCAGCAGGAGGAAACCAGCGAGGGCUGGGUGAUUGGGACCUCCCAGCGGACAGGCUGCCGGGGCUUCCUGCCCGAGAACUACACGGAGCAAGCCAAUGAGUCUGACACUUGGGUCAAGCACAGGACGUACACCUUCAGCCUGGCCAUGGACCUGGUCUCCAGAAAGGACGGGGAAGCCAGCAGCAGGCGAAACGGAGAACCGCACCCUCCACAGACGCCGAGGGACGUUAGCAGCAUCCAGGCUUUACAGGCCACAAUAGCGAGGAAGAGUGUGUUGGUGGUGCGCCACGGGGAGAGAGUGGAUCAAAUCUUCGGGAAGUCGUGGCUGCAGCAGUGUUCCACUCCUGAUGGGAAAUACUACCGGCCAGACCUGAAUUUCCCUUGCAGUCUGCCCAGAAGGAGCAGUGGAAUCAAAGACUUUGAAAAUGAUCCUCCACUAUCAUCGUGUGGAAUUUUCCAGUCCCGCAUGGCAGGAGAAGCACUACGGGACAGCGGCAUCAGAAUCACCUCCGUCUUCACCUCCCCAGCCCUCCGCUGUGUGCAGACAGCCAAACACAUCCUGGAAGAGCUCAAACUGGAGAAAACAAUUAAGAUAAGAGUGGAACCUGGCAUCUUUGAAUGGACCAAAUGGGAGUCCGGCAAAACCACCCCAACCCUCAUGACCCUGGACGAGCUGCAGGAGGCAGGUUUCAACGUCAGCAUGGAUUACAGGCCUGCGUUUCCCCUCGCCUCCCUCAUGCCGGCCGAGAGCUAUGAUGAAUAUGUGAACAGGUGUGCGGUGAGCGUCGGAUGGAUCACCAGCAUACGCCCACGGGAUGUGUCACACGGAGGCCUCUGUAGUCACCGGGCGCGUGGCCACAUACCUGUCACCACCCGGGGGUGGGGGGGGUCCCAAUUCUGUCACCGAGAGCCGAUGGGAUCCAGGAUGGCAGGGUCAACACAAACCGCUCGUGUCCGACUCCUAGGAAACAAGAGACUAAGAAUGGAACGCGAACCAGAUGUCAGGUCACAUUCGAACAAAACGUCUGUACAUGUAGACAGUUGAGACCGUUAGAGAAACCUGAAUACGGAAUUUGAGUGUGGAGUCUGAUUGUGGACAUGCCUGAGAAACCGUGUGAAUUCUGUUAGGUGUGACGGUGGCAGGCUGGGCGUGGCAGGGUGGGAAGCGGUCACGUGAAGGGGCGGUGUAGCUCAUGGAUGGUGCGCGAUGUGCCGAUGUCACGCCAUUGCGGCUCCGGGAUGCGUUAGACCCCCCUGUGGGCCUACUGGGGGAUAUUUGAAAACAUCCGUGGUAAAAGUUGACACGUAACCCUUUAGAAUUUUAAGUUAGCACGCUGAACAUCAGCGACGUGUCAGAGACCAAAUAAAACGUCGUGGGGAAAAUCCAAGCGAAGAAGGCACGCACUCUGCCCUCAAAGAGUUUGGAGAUUGUUGGGGAAAGGCAUGACAUCCAGAAUAUUAGGAGUUUUGAAUAACACGAGGAAGAGUCUCCGAGGCAGUGAGAGACCACCAGACCCGCUUCCCCACCUGGUUAUCCUUCGUCCCUCAUCCCGCAGACUCAGAGAUGUCUGCUGACGAGGGAAGACCGUCUCUGCUCUCAGGGAAGAGCUGAGCACCUGGCCUCCCCAGACAGUCCCAACGCACCAGGGGGACACGCUCCCUCACAUCCCGUAGGAAGAGACCCAAACCUUGCCGCGCCCAGCUCCCCCAAAGGCAGCCGGCCACGAGGCUGCUUUACAAAUGGCCCAUUUUGACCGGUUGGCACCCUGGGAAUGUGCUUCCGGAAGCCACACCUUAGUGGCAUUUGGUUGAUUCUCAGACUCCUGUUACGCACAGUUACUGCGACAGAGCGCCUCAGGACAGACGGUGACAUGAGAGCCUUUUGCUGUACAACGGGGGCCCGUCCUCAGGCCACCGCUGUCCAGCUGCUCCAGUUCGAGCCUCCGUCCUGAGCUGAAUUUCAGUGUCCACAGGAUGCUCUGCCCUUCCGAGGACACUCCCCCCGUUACAGGGGUGAGGCCUUCCGGAACAGGGAUGGGGAUCUGCUCAAUCAGCUCCAACCCCUCUGAACACUGUCUUG